GAUUCCCCGGAAGCUGUGGUGAUCACGUUUGGAGGUCAACCUAAGCAACUUGGACGCAUUGUGAAAGAUCUGCUACUCUCCACCGCCAGUCCGAUGGCAUUUUGCUCGCCCUACAGAAGAUGGGCGUACGAUCUCCUACAGCUGGUCGGCUCAAGAUGUUACAAAGCGACAGACAAAUCGAUUGUGCUGAACUGUCAGGGAUUGAUGAACAGGUCCCCGAUCUGUCAAAAUCAAGGCCGAUCCUUUUGCGAGAAUGCAAAACCAACUGGUCGGCCAGAACCAGUCGGUAGAACACAUCGCCCAUCCAAUUUCGACAAGAAGAUUCUCGUUCUCCAGAAGGUUUAUCCCUCGGUAGAGGCAGUACCUAAAGAAAUAUCACAUUCUCAGAUACUGAAAUCCAGAGAUUGGCUCCGAAUUCGUGUGAACUUAGGAAUGGGAGUUGCGACAAUCAUGGCCUGUUUCCUGAUGAUCUAUGUGGGCAAGAGAGAAGCGAAGCAAGGCAAGAGUAUAUCCAGACAGUCUUUGGAGUGGCAGAAGAAGCUCCGGGAAGAAGGAGAGGAGAAGAAAACAUAAAUGGCCUCCACAAGCUUGUCUCAGUAUCUUCUGGCUGUGUAAUGAACAUUUAUGUUCCAUAAAGCUGAAAAAAAUCAGAAUUGGGGUGUUGAGCUUUAGGUGUCAAAUUACAGAUCUGUUAUGCAUGCAUUCAUUGCUAUCAAGGUAUUAUGGGAAUCUUCAAA